AGGUCAUUGCUUUGUAGGCCUUUGCCUGCUGAUAUAGGAAGGUGUACCUGUGUUAUUGUGAAGGAAACAUCCCCAGAUGGGUUCAAUGGAGGCACUCUCUACUCACUCUACACCUAUCCGACCUGAUCGUAUUCUGCCAAUUGCUGAAAGAUUUGGCAUGGAUGCCGGAGCUGUUCUUGACAAUAUCAUUUAUGCUUGUGCAUACACAUAUGAGCACCAAUACAACCUACUCCUUGGUCUGGCAGCAAAAAUGGCUGAAGAACCUUUCAGGCUUCUGAUUGUUGAUUCGGUAAUUGCAUUGUUUCGAGUGGAUUUCACAGGAAGAGGAGAACUUGUAGAACGCCAGCAAAAGUUGGCUCAGAUGCUCUCCAGAUUGACAAAAAUUGCUGAGGAAUUUAAUGUUGCUGUUUACAUGACCAACCAAGUAAUUGCUGAUCCAGGAGGUGGUGUCUUCAUAUCAGAUCCAAAGAAGCCUGCAGGAGGGCAUGUACUUGCUCAUACACAUCUGCAGUAGGAGAAGUUUGAGCAUGCUGACUCUUUCUAUUGGAUGUUGCUCUUGCGUGUUGAUCAAGAAGGACAAGAACUUUUGUGAGCAAAUAAGUGGUUCAUUAGUAGGAGAAGUUUGGGCAUGGUGACUCUUUCUAUGGGAUGUUGCUCUUG